AUGUUACCCCCUCCCCAUGUGGUACUUGUCACAGGCCCCCUGUCAGAGCUCCAGAUCAGCUAAGUCUGCCGGGAAGUGCUCCAGGGACUGGCCUAUCUACACUCACAGAAAAAGAUACACCGGGACAUCAAGGGAGCCAACAUCCCCAUCAACGACCCUGGGGAGUUCAGACUGGCUGACUUUGGUAUAUCGGCCCAGAUCGGGGCCACACUGGCUCGAUGCCUCUCUUUCAUUGGGACACACUACUGGAUGGCUAAGGAAGUGGCGGCCGUGGCCCUGAAGGGGGGAUACAACGAGCUGUGUGACAUCUGGUCACUGGGCAUCACAGCCAUGGAAUUAGCCAAGCUACAGCCUUCCCUCUUUGACGUUCACCCUCUCAGAGUUCUCUUCCUCAUGACCAAGAGUGGCUAUCAGCCUCCUCGGCUAAAGGAAGAAGGCAAAUGGUCGGCUGCCUUCCACAUCUUCGUCAAAGUCACCCUCACCAAGAGUGCCAAGAAACGACCUGGCGCCACCAAGAUGCUCAGUCACCGACUGUUGUCCCAGCCCGGGCUAAACAGAGGCCUGAUCCUAGAGCUUCUUGACAAACUGAGGAACCCAGGGAAGGGGGCAGCUGUUGGCGAGAUUGAAGAUGAGGAGCCUGAGCUACCCCCCGCCAUCCCUCGGCGGAUCUGAUCCACCCAUCGAUCCAGCUCUGUGGGGAUCCCAGUUGCGAACUGCUGUCGUCAGAGGAACCUGUCAGAGUCCGAAGAUGACUACGACAACGUGGACAUGUUAGAGAGCGGAUGUGCCCUUCUCCUAAAGUUCUUCAAUGGCUGCCCUCUCUGGAUCCACAGCACGGCGGCCUUGACACACCACUCCACCAAAGACCAGCACUUACACCUGGGAGCUGAGGAAGGCAUUUUCUUUCUGAACCGAAAUGAUCAGGAGGCCACGCUGGAGAUGCUGUUUCCUCAAUGCUCUGCAGCUCUUUCUAGCCGGACUACCUUGGUGUACUCCAUCAACAAUGUCCUCAUGUCUCUCUCAGGAAAGACCCUCCACCUGUAUUCUCAUAGCAUCCUGGGCCUGCUGGAACGGAAAGAGGCCAGAGCAGGAAUCCCCAUUGCUCACAUCAGUCCCCACCGGCUACUAGUAAGGAAGAACAUGGUCUCCACUAAGAUCCAGGAUACCAAAGGCUGCCAGGCGUGCUGUGUGGGUGAGCGAGAAUCUCCUGGAUAUUCAGAGGGGAGCGGGGCCAGGGGCAUGACUUGGACUGAGGGCGCUAGCUCCCGGGGCCCGUUCCUGUGUGGGGCAUUGGAGACAUCCGUGGUCCUGCUUCAGUGGAAGCAGCCCGUGAACAAGUUCCUGCUGGUCCGGAUAGGGGGCCUGUAA